AUGAGGCGACUGCGAACGAGCCAGUCAUGGCAGGAGAAAAGAGAUGCCAUCUACCUGCUGCGUGAACGCUCCCGGAAACGCGAAGAGAAGGUGAUGGCUCUGCUGGAAGACAUAGCGGACAAGGAAGAGAACGAGAACCUGAGGUCACUAGCAGAAGCAUCGCUCAUCAGCAUCGGGUUGAAGGUGGUCGAGACGCAACUCAAACGACUCGAUCAUCCCUCUUGGCGCACCAGAUUGGAUGCGAUCCGAACUUUACAGCAUGCGGCAGAACCAGACGAUGCGGAGGUGCUGCUGGCGCUAGGGAGCAAGCUCUACGACGAGUCUGUGCAAGUUCGACUGGUGGUCAUUCAGGCUCUGCUCAGCAUGGCCAAGUCAAGGAAAGACGCACAGGCGUCGCUUCCUCCGCAACUGAUGGAGAUCUUCUUGCACAAGCUUGAUGACUCCGAUGCAAAGUUGAGGAACCAAAUGGUACAAGCUGUCAUCGAGUACUCGAACCCAACAGACCACGAGCUUGUCCGAUACGUCGCGCAGAGAAUGACAAGUGAUCAAGUGAUAGUUCGACGAGCAGCAGCAGAGAUCAUGACGAGCCUGAUCAUCAAAUUCGACAAGUUGUAUGAAUCAGCGGAUAGACUCAAUGAGAACAGUCCAUUGUCCCAUCUGAAACGGCUGCUGACCUACGACAAUCAAGACAUUCAGCGAACAGCUCUGACCGUCAUGGAGCAGAUCUCCUCCAGGCAGAGUUUCGUCAUGUACACAGAAAACGUUGAGACCUCUGCAGAGGACGUCAAGUCGACUCUCGAGGAUCAGGUUGACGCUGCAGAUCAAGUGCGUCAGCAUGAGCUCGUGCUUCCGAUGCGAUACUGGGAGGAAGAUCACCAGCCAACAUGA